UCAUUUUCCUGUCAACUUCCGAAUGAACCAGAAGCAUUCGUUUCGGAGCCGAAUUCCGCCGCAUAUCGGUGUCCACUUUGCUGUCGUAGUUUUAAAAAUCACUCCUUUUACGAUCGCCACGUGGCUACCGGUAGCUGUGCUCCCCAUACCUGGUUGUGUAACGUUUGCGGGUACAAUUUCAAAUCGAAAAGCACACGUGACCAACAUUUGAACACGACACACUCGUCCCGAUUUGAGUGUCCCGAGUGCGGCAAGCGCUUUGGUCGAGCAUCGGUGCUUUCAACGCACCGGAAGAUUCACUCACCGGAGAAGGAAUUCCGUUGUGAAAUUUGUGACGCAAGCUUUCAUCAGAAAGGCAACUUACAGGCACAUUUAAAGGUGCACAACCAGACCAGAAAUUUAUUUGGGUGUACAGAUUGUGACCGGAAAUUCACGGUAAUGUCCAACUUGGUGCAACAUCGCAAAACGGUUCAUGGAACAGUAACCGAUUCGGAGGGCUAUCGGUGUGACCUUUGCGGUGGACUUUUCGGGAAGUGUUACCUGCUGAGAUCUCACCAGCAGAAGGUGCACGGUUUGGUUCAACAAAAGGAAGAGCCGAAACCAGUGGCAACACCGCCUAGUAUUACAACGGUUAUAAUUCCAGCUAUAAAAACUCCUGCGAUGGCGGUAUCCAAAGCCAGAGGAGAAAUUCCAUUUGCGGUGCUGCACAUGAUCAACGAGAUUCCGUUGAUUGUCCGUGUGUUGGAGCAAGGGGACUACAGUAUUUUGAAGGCGGCGGAGAAUAGUGAUUUUCGAGAAUCCCAGCGUGGUGGUGCAGGACUAGAGGAAAGCCAAAGCGUAUCGAUUGCCGUGGUGGCAACAGUUUAUCAGAGAAUUGGCUCGGAUGGCAAAAAAUACUUUGCAAUUACGGGGCCAGUUUCGUGCCAGCAAACGCAAAUGCCGGCCGUUACGGUUGCGACACCAACGGACGAACAGAACGGAGUUAUGCAGGAUUCACUAGGCAGUGCAAACUUGUUCAAAACCUUAACGCAAUUGAAUGCACCGGAUGCUACCGUGAACAAAACAAUUCCAACAAAGCGAUACACAUUGCUGGAAGUGCAACCUUCCACAUCCGGUGUAAAUCAAAUGAAAAGAAAGUACCAAAGGAAGGCUACCCUUCAACCUCCCAAGAGGGCACCAAAGCAACCGAAAGUAAUCACUGUUGUUGAUGACCUCAAAUGGUGGGAGACCCAAAAGGGAACUAGAACUGGCGAAAGAAACUUUCAAGAUAUCGCCACUAGUUCGCUACUUUCACCCAUACGUGAAUCGACGAGAACAUUGACAGCAGUAUUGGAACCGAUUGCCGUGGAUGAGGAAGAUCCGUUCGCUAACUUAAAUGUGUUGGAUUUGAUUCCGGUUGGAGACGAGAUGCUACCAGAUAAGAUGGAUAUUGAAAAUUCGCGCGAGAUUUUCUUGCCCAUUGUUUAGAAAU